AUGACCAAGGAGCAGUCAAAAAUACUUGAGCGAGGCGUUCCGUCCACGCUCGGCAUCGACACCGACUGUCGCACUAUCCCAUAUAUUACCUGCGCUAGUCUUCGCUUCAACUUGGCACUUUGCUCUGUUUUGGACGGUGACGACGACAUCAUGGAGUGGAUGCCAUCCUGUAGGAAGGAGAACCGCGUGAAGGUGUUGCUGGGAUACCUGGCUGACUUUUUCCAAUCGGCCGCCAUAAAAGUACAUAACGACGCACUUGUGCUUCACCAUGUCCGCGACAAUUUGAGGCGCAUCGAGAAACAUUCAACGAUGAGCAAGUAUCUUGCUGCAGGCGCUGAUAUCAUCAAGGUUGCGGGGUUCGAGAAAGCCUCGGGUCCAGAACCGUCGCCAGAGUAUCCCGGCGAUCGUGGACUAUUCGACCAAAUUGGCAUCGCUGGCGAUGGUUCAAGUGACGAUGCGACCAGUCGCCGUUAUGUGAACCACACCAAGUGCGGAUCUCGACUGGAUAGCAGAAUUUCCCUGAAGCACGUCGGACGACUGAAGAUAUACCAUCCAGCUACGAUUCCAGAGUCGGCUCAGCCUCCUGAACCGGAGCAUACGUCGGGCGACCCUCCCGAUGCACACAGCGAGCCAUCGAGCCAUCCGCACCCGGCGACGGAUCGCGAGGCUGUGCACCAGUCCGCAGACGACCAUGCCACUCGAUUGCCCUUUCUCAAUAAAAACCGAGAGAUUGCUGAACCUGUCAUCUUGUCCGUUUUUCCAUCGUAA